AUGAAUAUCCUAGUCUUAACGCAUGCUCGAAUAUCGUCUGUUAGGUUAUAUCGAGGGUGGAUGCAUAGAAAACCUGCCAAGGUUCUAUUACCUUUUGAACCUGAUUCCAAUGUGAGCUUAAAAGAAGAAAAAAUAAUCGAUUUGUCAUCUGAUAACAAUGUUAAAAAUCGUAAAUUGGGGUCUAUGCAAGAAAAGUUUACUUUAUCUAAAGAAGAAAGUUCAAAAGAAAUUAAAGAAAACAAAGAAAUUAAAGAAAACAAGGAAAUUAAAGAAAACAAAGCAAUAAAACUGAAACAACGCAAGUUCUACUUGAGUCAAAAGAAGGUUUUUGAUGAUAACGGUGAAAUUAUUUACGAAAAAUUAAAAGAAAAUGAUGGCAGAAUCAGCUCACUUCUUGUAAAGCUUAAGUCAAAAAAGGAACGAAUACGUUCUGAGCAAAUGCUUGUAGAAGGUUGGAGAUUAAUUAUUGAUGGAUUGGAAGCUAAUUGUGCCUUGAAAUAUGUAAUAUUUAGUAGACCAGAAGAUUUAAAUAACUUGAGACCUUUUCUCCCUAAAACUGGUGUUAAAUUCUAUAAGAUACCAUAUAAAGAUAUAGAAUUGUGGUCUGAUGUAGAAACAUCACCUGGAAUAUUUGGUGUAUUUGACAUACCUACACCAGAAAAUAUAAGGAGAUUAUCUAAGCCUAUACCACUUCAGUUUAUUUGUGAUAAUGUUCGCACACCUGGUAAUUUAGGUGCUAUACUUAGAGCAGCUGUGGGUGUUGGAUGCGAGAAAGUUAUUCUCUCUAAAGGUUGUGUUGAUUUAUGGGAUCCAAAAGUAAUAAGAAGUGCAUCUGGAGCCCACUUUAGACAACCAAUACAUACCUCAGUAGAUUGGGAAGAAAUGCCAAAUUUACUAGAACAGAAUACAUCAAUUUUCAUAGCAGAUAGCAAUUCAAAUAUGUUUGAUGAAGCUGAGCAAGUUCAAAACAGUUCUAUUCCAGUAAUGCCCUACUAUAGUGUGGAUUUUACAAAUUUAAAGCAUGUUACACUUGUAAUAGGUGGAGAAACUAAGGGAAUCAGUGGAGACAGCUAUAGAUUAGCAGCACAAAACAGUGGCCUAAGGCUCAAUAUUCCAUUACAAAAGGGAGUUGACAGUUUGAAUACGGGAAUGGCAGCAGCUGUAAUAGCCUUUGAAAUAAGAAAACAGUUUGUUCAGGCUUGGGCAAAACGUAAAUUAGAAAAUGAAUCAAUAGUGACU